CCGCAACAGAAGACUUGAAACUAAAAGCAGCAGGAUGCGAGAACGCACCUCUGGUGGAUAAGUGGUGACGAACACGCUCCUCUCCUCUUUUUGCAGUCGUGUUUGUUGACGGGGGGCAGUAUUUUUCCUACUGCAAGUGAACGCGGCUCGGCCCGUCACGUGAUAGAGAUCAGCUGACCAGAAGCAGCUCGACUGAAGCGGAUGAAAAUAUGGAGAUUCUGAGCAGAAUAUCAGCAACAGAUUGUGUCAAACUGUGUCACAGAGUGGUGGAUGGGCUGUGUGGGCGGGAGCCUCCAUGCAGGAGUGAUUACAGCGCCACCUGGAGCCUGGAGGAGUGGCUGCAGCUACUAGACUUCUUGACCAGCCUGUUUGGCUUGGCGGUGGGGAACGACAUCCCAGAUGAUGAGGUUCUGGCUAAACUGUCAGAUGUAGAUCACAGCCAUGCCGAGGCGGUGCUAAGCGUUCUCAGAGGUCGAUGGGAGGAGAUCCGGCGUGCUCUGCUGGACAGAACCAGCAGCAUCUCCUCUGCAACGUUGCAGGACUUUGACUGGCAGUUGAAGUUGGCUUUGUCCAGCGAUAAGAUCUCCUCUCUAAACACGCCGCUCCUCAGCCUAUGUCUGGAUGUAAGGGAGAACGGAGCGCUUCGGCCCAUCACCAUGGAGCUGAACAGAGAGGAAGUGAGCACGCUCAUCAGCUCACUAGAGGCUGCUAACAAGGUGGUACUGCAGCUGAAGUGAUGGACUGAUCCAAAAAGAAGCCGAUGUUUUUGAUGUAAUAAUGACUUAAUGUUUUUGAUGCCUUUUGUUCCAUAAUAAAAUCCAUAUUUUCUUUUCUGA